AUGGGCUCAAGGACCACAAGGGCUGGGUCUAGUAAUUGGAAUGAAAGGCUGGACCAAAUCCUUGAUUUACUGAACCAACAGAGUGCCAGAAUGAAUGGACUCAAGCAAGAGGUUCGAAGGGUCGAAGAAGUCCGACAAGAAGCUCCAAGGGUUGAAGAGCAGCCAGAUAACCAAGCAAGGAUUGAAGAAGAGCUGGCCAAGGAUUUGAAAAGAAUAGCCCCACCGAAGUUUGAUGGAAAAACUAUUGGUGAUGGUGCAGAGGCAUGGGUGAUAGAAAUGGAAAAAUAUUUUGGUCUCUACAACAUGUCCAACGAAACCAAGGCACUAUGGGCUGCUUAUCAGCUUUCUAGCGAAGCUGCUACAUGGUGGGAUAAUGAAAAGUCCGAAAGGAAAUUGCAACCAAGAGAUAUCACUUGGGAAUUGUUCUUGCAAUCCUUUAGGAAGAGGUGGCUUCCUCAGUUAUUCUUUGAUAAGAAGAUGAUUGAAUUUCAGAACCUAACUCAAGGUGGCAUGUCGGUAACUCAAUACUGGGAGAAGUUUACCAACCUCCUUAAGUAUGUUUUGCAAUAUCAGAUGGAUGAGCGAUUCUACAUCCGGAAGUUCAUUUUGGGUUUGAGAACCCAUAUAGGAGCAGAAGUGGAUAUUCAUAAUCCACUGACUAUGGAAGAGGUAUUUGAGAAAGCAACCAAGCAAGAGCAGAAGUUGCAACAGUUGGGGAACUUCUGUAAAAAUGUGAAUAACAUACCGAAUUUUGGAAAUAGGAACUUCCAAAGGAACAACAACAACAACAAUCGACAAAUAAGAAAUCUAAAGAGGGGACCCAACACUCAGGAAAGAGGAAGAGUGAAUCAGGAUGGUAACAAGAGAGCAAACAAUAACACCAAUGCUCGACAAAAUUUGGAUAGAGGAAGGUCAGGUGGCCAUUCUGGACCUAGGGAUGGGUGUUACAAUUGUGGAGGGAGUCAUUAUGCCUCGAAUUGUCUGCAACGCACCCCUGCAUAG